GCGGCCAUACAACCAGCUGUGAUGGCUUCGCCUGUCCUGCCUCUACCCACAGUCAAAGCAGCCUCACAAUCCCGAGGCAUCCAGAAGUCGCCCAAGCCAUCGAGAAGAGACAAAGUUCGACAAGGAAAGCUUAUACGAUGCUGGAGCGACGAGGAGGAAACUUUUUUAUUCCAGAGUCGCACUCAAGGCCGGAAACUAUCCUACAAGAACAUUGCGCACCGCUUGGACAAGUCAGAGUUGGCUUGCCGACUCCAUUAUCACCAUAUGACGGUUGGGCGUAAAGGGCAUGGCCAGCGGGCAGAGGAUUUCGACGACGACAACCUCUCCGAGAACAGUGACGGUUCCUCCCUGUCAAGAGUCCCCUCCACCGGCGACACCCUUGCCAAUACAGGCCUCGAGGAUGUCCAAGAACGAAGAGAUCUAUCCAUUGGCGACUCGCUCAGCCAACACAAGCUGCCGAACUUUCAGACCUUCCUGCAACACACAUUCCACCAUCAACGAAGCACGUCGAUGCCUGGACCCUUGACAGAGAGCGAAAUGACAAGCGUAUCAAGAGAGCUACAUCAUAAUGGUGCCAGGCCAGUACGCACAAUGUCUGGAACAUGG